AUGAAUGUUCAAUUUUAUCAAAAAUUAUCACAUGAUUUCGCGGAACUUUACGAAGAUGAUACAUAUUGUGAUAUUUCUAUCGAAGCAGGAUAUCCUCCAAAUAAUAAAAUAUUUCGUGUGCAUUCACUUAUCUUAAAUUUUAGAUCAUCUUAUUUUCGUAGAGUAUUAUCUAGAGAAACCGUAGAUGGUAGGGUUAAAUCUAUUAAAUUAAAUGCUUCUUGUGAAACCGUUCAAGUUAUGCUCAGAUAUAUUUAUACCGGUAUUCUCGCUUUAGAAGAUCAAAGUACAUAUGAUAUUUUAAAUCUCUUGGUUAUAACAGAUAAAAUUUGUCUUCAAGAAUUAGUUAAACAUUUACAAAUAUAUUUAUUAGAAAAUCAUACACCUUGGUUAAAACAAAAUUUUGAUCUUAUAUAUAGAACAAGUUUUCAACAUGAAACAUUUCAAGAAUUACAAAAAUUUUGUAAUAAUAUAAUUACUAAAAAUCCUAUUAUAAUAUUUCAAUCACAAGAUUUUACUUCAAUUCAAGAAAAUUUUUUAAUUUCACUUUUACAACGUGAUAAUUUAGGUAUGAAAGAAAUACAAAUAUGGAAUCAUAUUAUUAAAUGGGGUAUAGGACAAAAUCCUUCACUUACAGAUGAUCCAAUUAAUUGGUCUUCAGAUGAAUUUAAAGCUUUAGAAAUAUCAUUAAGACGUUGUAUACCUUUAAUUAGAUUUUUUGAAUUAACUUCACAAGAAUUUUAUGAUAAUGUUCGUCCUUAUAAAAAGAUUUUAUCCUCUCAUCUUUAUGAAGAUUUAAUGAGACAUUAUAUGAAACCUGGUAGUCAAUUAUCUUCAAAUAUUUUACCAUCAAGAAGAAGACGUACUUCUAUUCAAAAUAAUAAAAAUACUAUCAGUCGACCUAAUUCUAGACCUAAUUCUAGACCAAGUUCUAGACAAAAUUCUCGUCCAAAUUCUCCUCAUCCAGAUUUUAGACUUGAUGAUAUAGAUUCUGAAUUAAUUACAUCAGAAAAUGUUAAUCUACUUGCAAGUUGGAUUGGUCGUAAAGAUUAUUUGGAUUUAGAUAGUCCUUAUGAAUUUAGAUUAUUAUUUAGAGGUAGUCAAGAUGGUCUUUCUCCAAUAAAUUUUCAUAGAAUAUGUGAUAAUAGACAAUCAACUUUAGUAGUAAUAAAAAUUCGUGGUACGGGUGAAAUAAUUGGAGGUUAUAAUCCAAUAAGAUGGAAACCUUUUAAAGGUUCUUGGGGAAAUACAGAAGAUAGUUUCAUAUUUUCUUUACGUGGUCCAUAUAAUAGUUCAAGAAGUCCAAUAUUAAGUAGACUUAUGAAAGGACAAAAUACUUAUGCUUUAAAUUAUAAACCAAAUCUUGGUCCUUCCUUUGGGAUCGCUGAUCUAAAAAUUGAUGGAAAUAAUUUUAGAGAUGAAUGUAAAUGUUAUUGUUUAAAAGGGUGUUAUGAGAAAAGUAUUAGAAUGACUACAGGAUUUUUCUCUAUUGAAGAUUAUGAAGUAUUUCAAGUCAUUAGAAAAUAA